GCUGCUCUUUAAUGAUGGCGCUUUUGUUUUGCUAGUUUUACGCUAGUUUUUCGCUAAUGUCUUUCUGCGUACUUGUUCACUCAGUAAUAAUACUAGUUUAAGUGUUGGAGCGUAUAAAGCAGAUUUAUUAGUGCGACGUUAGAAGCUGUUCGUUAACUUUUCAUUAGCUGUAAAUGUUAGAUGUUGCUUGUUUUGCAGUUUAGCAUUGGCACAAAGCUAGCUAGGUAGCCAGGGCUAGCUAUGCGGCUGGUGUUAGUUUUUAGCAUCGCUAGUUGCUAACUGUCACUCGGAAGACCAUAAUCCUCUAACGUAAAUAAAGCGGAUAACAUUAUCCACACAGAGAAUAUCAGUGUUAGAAACAUUAGCUGUCACGCUGGAGGACUGAAGUGGACGAUGGCGUUAACUGUAAACGUCCAUGCAGAUGAGUGGCCCUGAGAAAUGAUUCAGCUGGAUGAGUUAGCAACAAUGUCUUGUAAAUCCACUAAAGUGGCCCCGAGUGUUGAUUUCGACCACAGUUGCUCCGACAGCGUGGAAUAUUUGACGCUCAACUUUGGCCCUUUUGAGACUGUCCAUCGCUGGAGAAGACUCCCUCCGUGUGAUGAGUUUGUUGGUGCAAGGCGCAGUAAGCACACUGUUGUGGCAUACAGAGAUGCCAUUUACGUGUUUGGGGGAGACAAUGGGAAGAACAUGCUGAAUGACUUGCUCCGCUUUGAUGUGAAGGACUGCUCAUGGUGCCGAGCCUUCACCACUGGAACUCCACCUGCCCCCAGAUAUCACCAUUCAGCUGUUGUCUAUGGCAGCAGCAUGUUUGUUUUUGGUGGCUACACUGGAGACAUCUACUCAAACUCAAACCUGAAAAACAAAAAUGACCUUUUUGAGUAUAAGUUUGCAACAGGGCAGUGGACUGAAUGGAAGGUGGAGGGAAGCUUGCCGGUGGCUAGGUCUGCACACGGGGCCACUGUCUAUAGUGAUAAACUGUGGAUCUUUGCUGGCUACGAUGGAAAUGCCAGGCUUAAUGACAUGUGGACCAUCAGUCUGCAAGAUCGAGAACAUGCGUGUUGGGAGGAGAUCGAUCAGAGUGGUGAGAUUCCUCCAUCUUGCUGCAACUUCCCUGUAGCCAUAUGCAGGGACAAGAUGUUUGUGUUUUCUGGUCAGAGUGGAGCCAAGAUCACCAACAACCUUUUUCAGUUUGAGUUCAAGGGCCACAUGUGGACACGCAUCCCGACCGAACACUUACUGCGGGGCUCCCCUCCACCUCCCCAGAGACGCUAUGGCCACACUAUGGUUGCCUUUGACCGCCACCUGUAUGUAUUUGGAGGUGCAGCUGACAACACUCUGCCCAACGAACUGCACUGCUAUGAUGUGGACUCUCAGACCUGGGAGGUGAUCCAUCCCAGCCUGGACAGUGAGAUGCCCAGCGGGAGACUCUUUCAUGCUGCAGCUGUGAUUCAAGAUGCAAUGUACAUCUUUGGAGGAACUGUGGACAACAAUGUGCGCAGUGGGGAGAUGUACAGAUUCCAGUUCUCCUGCUACCCAAAGUGUACUCUCCAUGAGGACUAUGGCAAACUGUGGGAGAAUCGUCAGUUCUGUGAUGUGGAAUUUAUUCUGGGCGAGAGGGAGGAGAGAGUCUUGGGGCAUAUUGCCAUAGUGACUGCAAGAUGUCAGUGGCUGCGGAAGAAAAUCCUGCAGGCUUGGGAUAGGCAGCGGCAGAAGACUAAACAGGAGAGCAGUGAGGAAAGUGAUGAAGGGGCAGCUGGAGGCCCGAGGGAUAUCCCAGCAGGCAACAGGCCAUCGGGAACACAGCCGCUGCUAGAGGUAGCCAUCAGGGAGGCCGAGGCCCAGCCUUUUGAAGUCUUAAUGCAGUUCCUCUACACGGACAAGAUCCAGUACCCACGCAGAGGUCAUGUCCAGGAUGUUCUUCUAAUCAUGGAUGUAUACAAACUGGCCCUUAGUUUUAAGCUUUCUCGCCUGGAGCAGCUGUGUGUGCAGUACAUUGAGGCAUCAGUUGACUUGCAGAACGUUCUCAGUGUUUGUGAAAAUGCUAACAAGCUGCAACUGGACCAGCUCAAGGAACAUUGCCUUAAUUUUGUAGUGAAGGAGUCGCACUUCAACCAGGUGAUCAUGACGAAGGAGUUUGAACAUCUGUCCACCCCGCUGAUUGUGGAGAUAGUGCGAAGAAAGCAGCAGCCUCCUCCUAGGCUGUACUCAGACCAGCCUGUGGACAUCGGGACCUCCCUGGUCCAGGACAUGAAGGCUUACCUGGAGGGAGGCGGCCUGGAGUUCUGUGACAUUAUCCUGCUGUUAGACGGACACCCACGACCUGCUCAUAAAGCCAUACUGGCAGCCCGAUCCAGUUACUUUGAGGCGAUGUUUCGCUCCUUCAUGCCCGAGGAUGGGCAGGUUAAUAUCUCCAUCGGUGAGAUGGUUCCAAGUAAGCAGGCGUUUGAGUCCAUGCUGCGUUAUAUCUACUACGGUGAUGUGAACAUGCCUCCAGAAGAUUCUCUCUAUCUGUUUGCUGCACCAUAUUACUACGGGUUUUCAAACAACAGGCUGCAGGCUUACUGUAAGCAGAAUCUGGAGAUGAACGUCACUGUGGAGAAUGUCUUGCAGAUUCUGGAGGCAGCUGAUAAGACCCAGGCUCUGGAUAUGAAGAAGCACUGCCUGCACAUUAUUGUCCACCAGUUCAUUAAGGUAUCCAAGCUCCCCAACCUGCGGUCUCUCAGCCAGCUGCUGCUUUUGGACAUCAUUGAGUCGCUAGCUAACCACAUAUCAGACAAACAGUGUGCCGAGAUGGGCUCCGACAUUUAGGAUGACGCAGAGAGCCGGGCUCUUUUCUCCCCUCGCAGAAGCCAUACAUCUCUGCUGCACCUACUUCUAGUCUUUCCCUCGUCCCCAACACACAGUACUUUUUUUUUAUGUUGGACCUGGCAUGACUCGACCUCCUUAUGCAGUAUCAAAUUGCUCUUGUCUCUCACUCUGCAUCUCAGUGAAGAGUGAAAUCAGUGAAGAAACCAGAUUCUAGCUCUCUUACAAUUGUUAAAUAGUCCAAAAAUUCCCUUUGAUGUUGAUUUUGUCAUUUAUUUAUUUUGGUUACACAGAAGAAAAGGUCUGUGAGGUUGUUUUCUGCUCAGUAUUGCUGCUGCAUUUUUAAUAGAUAUGCAGUGGACUGUAAUAAUUCAUACUUGUGACACUGUAGAAAUGUUCAAGUUUUGCUGUUUUAAGUUAUCUGCUCAGGUACUUACAGCAUAAUAUAAGACUAUUUAUCUGAAACUGUACUCACUUGUCUUAUUAUCAUGUUAACACGCCAGGUUUAGAGUUGUAAGAAAUCAAAAUCAUUAUAUGAAAAUAAUCAGAAUGUAUGUCUGUCUUAAAGCUGUUUUUUUGUUGGCCGAAUUGUCACUGGCACACAUCUUUGUAAUACUAAUCACCUCUUACCAUUACUAACAGACAAGCUCUCUUUAUCCAUACCAUAUAGCAAUGUGUGUAGUGGCAUCAGUAUGCUGUUAUUAAGCAUUUACCCACAUGAGUUUCAUGUAUUUAAAGCCUUAAUAAAUCUUAUACA